AUGACCGAGAAGGGAGUCAAGAGCAUAUAUGUGCCUUACUUCGGUAUGGCGAAAAUCACAUCAUCAAUGGAUACUGCUCGCCAAGAGAUCAUAAAGGGGACAAUGAUUGUCGAUCAGGCUGGCGAUGCCGAAGCGCUUAUGAGUGAAGCGCAUUGCGACGACGAACAACUUGAGGCAUGCAGCCAGAAACUGAUCAAACUUCGCCAGGAGAUCCCUAAACUACUGACAAAGGGUCAGGUUGGACUCGCACGUGCGAAGCUCGGCCGGGCAUUACAUACGCUUCAGGACUAA